GGCCGUUUAUUUCUUCUCUUUCAGAGGGUUCAAAAUACACAUUUCAGGUGAUACGUAGUAGUAUUGAAGGACACUAUGGCUAGUGUUUCAGAUAUUAGCGUUUCAGCUGCUAUCAAUCUUCUUUCUGCGUUGGCAUUUCUUCUGGCCUUUGCAUUUCUACGGCUGCAACCAAUUAAUGAUAGAGUUUAUUUCCCAAAAUGGUAUCUCAAAGGUAUAAGGGCAAGUCCUAGAAGUUCGGGACCUUUUAUGAAGAAGUUUGUCAAUUUGGAUAUAAGAAUGUAUUUGAAAUUCUGGACUUGGAUGCCUGCGGCAUUACGGAUGCCACAACCUGAGCUUAUAGAUCAUGCAGGGCUCGACUCAGCUGUAUAUAUUCGCAUUUAUCUUCUUGGAUUGAAAAUCUUUGUCCCAAUAGCCAUACUUGGUUUUGCUGUCCUGGUGCCUGUCAAUUGGACUGGGAAAACAUUAGAGCAUAUUCACAACUUAACAUUCAGCAAUAUUGACAAGCUUUCCAUAUCCAAUGUUCCUUCAGGAUCAGAGAGGUUGUGGGCACAUCUACUAAUGGCAUAUACUUUCUCAUUCUGGACAUGCUAUGUUCUUUACAAGGAAUACAAGAUUGUGUCUACCUUGAGGUUGCAUUUUCUUGCUUCUGAAGGUCGUCGUCCAGAUCAGUUUACUGUUCUUGUGAGAAACGUACCUCCAGAUCCUGAUGAGUCAGUUAGUGAACACGUUGAACAUUUCUUUUGUGUAAAUCACCCGGAUCAUUAUCUCUCUCACCAGGUCGUAUACAAUGCAAAUAAACUAGCAAAAUUGGUGGAAAAGAAGAAGAGUUAUCAAAAUUGGCAUACUUACUACCAAACCAAGUACGAGAGAAACCCCAAAAAAAAGCCGACAACAAAGACAGGUUUUUGGGGACUUUGGGGAAAGACUGUUGAUGCCAUUGACUACUAUACAGCUGAAAUUGAAAAGUUGAGUGAAGAGGAAGCUACAGAAAGAGAGAGAGUCAUGAGUGAUCCUAAGGCCAUAAUUCCUGCUGCAUUUGUUUCAUUCAAAUCCCGAUGGGGUGCAGCAGUUUGUGCACAAACCCAACAGUCCAGUAAUCCGACAAUUUGGCUGACAGAAUGGGCUCCUGAACCACGUGAUGUUCAUUGGGCAAAUCUUGCAAUGCCAUAUGUUGGACUCACCAUUCGGAGGCUUUUGGUUGCUGUUGUAUUAUUUUUCCUCACUUUCUUCUUUAUGAUCCCUAUUGCAUUUGUGCAAUCUAUGGCAAAUAUCGAAGGAAUUGAAAAAGUUCUUCCUUUCUUGAAGCCAUUAAUAGAAGCCAAAACAGUCAAGUCCGUCAUUCAAGGUUUCCUUCCAGGAAUUGCUCUGAAGAUAUUUCUGAUUCUUCUUCCAACAAUUCUCAUGACCAUGUCGAAAAUAGAAGGCUUCACAUCCCUUUCAUCUUUAGACAGAAGAUCUGCUGCAAAGUACCACUUGUUUCUGCUUGUUAAUGUUUUCUUUGGCAGCAUCAUCACAGGAGCAGCAUUUGAGCAGCUUCAGAGUUUUCUCAAGCAGGCUCCAACGGAGAUACCAAAAACUGCUGGUGUGGCUAUUCCCAUGAAAGCAACAUUCUUUAUCACUUACAUAAUGGUUGAUGGUUGGGCUGGCAUUGCUGCAGAGAUCCUUAGAUUGGUUCCAUUGGUUAUGUUCCAUUUGAAGAAUACUUUUUUGGUCAAAACGGAGCAGGACAGGGAGGAUGCCAUGGAUCCUGGUUCAAUAAACUUUGCUACCUCAGAACCCCGCAUACAGUUGUACUUUUUACUGGGACUUGUGUACUCGGUUGUCACACCUAUACUCCUUCCGUUCAUCAUCAUAUUUUUUGCCUUUGCUUAUGUGGUUUUCCGUCAUCAGAUCAUCAAUGUGUACGACCAAAAAUACGAGAGUGGGGCAAAAUUCUGGCCAGAUGUGCAUCGUCGUAUAAUCGUUGCUUUGGUAAUAUCGCAGCUUCUAUUGAUGGGGCUGUUAAGCACCAAAAAAGCUGCCAAUUCAACACCAUUGCUGAUUGUACUUCCAGUCUUGACAAUUUGGUUCCAUCUCUUUUGCAAAGGGCGAUUUGAGUCAGCAUUUGUAAAAUUUCCAUUACAGGAUGCAAUGGUGAAGGAUACAUUGGAAAGGGCCACGGAGCCAAACCUAAAUCUGAAAGCAUACCUCCAUGAUGCUUACAUACACCCGGUUUUCAAGUGUGUUCAGCUUGACAAGCCGAAAGCAGUUGAUGAUGAGGAGAAUAACCCACUUGUUGCCACCAAGAGAAAUUCCCGUAGGGAUAGUAAAACUGGGUCCGAUGGCAUUCCUGAAACAUCAGUUUGAGAUACUUCCCUCAUAUGCGAUUUCAGUAUAAUUUAUCUUGAUUCUUCUUUGAAUGCGAUAAUGAUUUACUUGCACCAGGGUUUGUGAUUGCUAGAAACAGUUUUGGAUGUACACUUGUUGAUAGAUAUGGCAUUAACUGUGCAUGUACA